AUGGAUCUCAUCAGCAUUCCUGAUGUGAUUCAGAACCCCUGCAAUAAAAUGGCUCAUCCUCUUGUGACAUACUUUUUGCAGAAGGAGAUCCAAUAUGUUUCACUAAGGAACAUCAACCUUGUUGUACAGAGGUUGGUAGUUGUACAAGGGAGGGGCCAUGAUAAGGCCGCUGAUUGGUGGAGUGUUGGAAUUUUAAUGUAUGAAAUGCUUACCGGAAAGACUUCGUUUAGAGAUGGUGGUCAUUGGGAUCCAUGUGAUCAGAAUUUCCCUGGUGCUCCAACAUUUUUUCCAGUUGUGCAAUUUGCGAGGCAGCAUCCUGGUGGGCUUGGACUUCCUGCUGUUGGCAUGGCGUUCCCUAGCUAUGUUACUCAGCCCAAUGGAAUGGGGAAUUUAGAAAUGACAUGGCUACCUAUUUUAGCUGGUGUUGUUAGGGCUUUUGGUUGCUUUACCUUAUUUCACAAUGGAUGGUGCUUAUCAUGCUAUGCCAUCUGGCCAGACCUCUGCAUUGGCUCCUACAAGGUAGAUCACACUUGCUUGGCUAAACGUUAUUCUGUAUGCUUUCAAACUUGUCUUCUUCCUGAAUUCUUUUUCUUUCUAUCAUGGCAACCUUCAAUAGUAGUUUUGGACCGGCACCUUCUUGCAAAAGAUAUCGUGUACGUGCUCUUCUGUUGCUAUUGUGGAUUCGGGAACAUCCUUGCUUACUGGUCCACUUGUAUGUACGUCACGUGA